GGUUGGGAUUUAGGGUUUCUAGAGAUCCUCGUCGAAGAUGCUCAAGUUUUUCAAGAAGAAGACCACUGCCAAAGAUGCGUUGCGGACGAGCAAGCGGGAGAUGGCGGUGGCGACACGAGGGAUUGAGCGAGAGAUUGGGAGCCUGCAGCUCGAGGAGAAGAAGCUUGUGGCCGAGAUUAAGAAGACUGCCAAGAGUGGAAAUGAGGCAGCAGUGAAAAUCCUUGCCAGGCAACUUAUCAGGCUUCGGCAGCAAAUAGCAAAGCUUCAGGGAAGCCGGGCACAAAUGCGGGGUGUUGCCACACACACUCAGGCUAUGUACGCGAAUACUGCUGUUGGUGGAGCAAUGAAAGGAGCUAAUAAAGCCAUGGAAGCCAUGAAUAAGAAAAUGGAGCCUUCGAAGCAAGCUAAAGUAAUGCAAGAGUUCCAGCGGCAGUCCGCGAAAAUGGACAUGACGACCGAGAUGAUGUCGGAUUCCAUCGACGAUGCACUAGACAAUGACGAUGCCGAGGAGGAGACCGACGAGCUCACAAACCAGGUACUCGACGAGAUUGGAGUGGACAUCGCAGCACAGCUAUCGUCGGCUCCCAGGGGAAAAGCCAGCAAAACGAGAUCUCAAACUUUAGGAAGCUCCGGAGUGGACGAUCUGGAGCAAAGGCUAGCUGCAUUGCGGCAUGUUUGAGCUUGAGCACGCUCACAGUGGUCUGUACUAUAAAAUAUACGGUAAUUUGUUAGCUUGAGUGUGGUAGCUUUUGGAUAAUCUACUAGGUGGAGUGGAAUCUUCUCGAAUCGAAGUGGAAGAAUAUAAACUUUUCUCCUGGUCGUCA